AUAUUUUAAAAUUUCAAAAAGAUCAAGCGUAGGUCUUGUAUACUAUAGACUUAUUUAAAGAUGAUGCUUCGUUUGCAAAAGAGACUUGCUGCCUCUGUAUUGAGGUGUGGCAAGGGUCGUGUUUGGUUGGACCCAAACGAGACCAACGAAAUCGCCAUGGCUAACUCUCGUUUCAGUGUGAGGAAGCUCAUUAGUGAUGGUUUAAUCAUUAAAAAGGGCGUAGCUCCACACAGCAGGUCUAGGAUCCGUCUGUAUCACUUUUCAAAGCGCCUUGGAAGGCAUUGCGGUGUUGGUAAGCGCAAGGGUUCCAAGGGUGUCAGACAGCCACCAAAGUUGCUUUGGAUGCGCCGUCAGCGUGUUUUAAGGCGUCUUUUGCGCAAGCUCAGAGAUGCAAAGAAGAUUGACUCCCACAUGUACCACAACUUUUACAUGAGGUGCAAGGGUAACCAAUUCAAGAACAAGAGAGUCUUGUUGGAAGCUAUCCACGCUCAAAAGAAUGCCUGGAUCAAACAGAAGGCUGAGAACGAUCUCAUUGAAGCCCUCAGAGCCAAGGCUAAGCUACUCAAGGAAAAGAGAAAGAGCAGAGCCGCUGCAGCUUAAUUUGUCAACUUUUC